AUGCGAAGCUUCUCCUUAACUUCGCAGCGACACGAGAUCAAAGAGCUUGGCACACUACCACAGCGAGUAAUACCAGGAUAUCAAGAAUCGCAAGUAGGCGAUCUCCUGUCCCUGCAAUGGCCGGCGCCGCCACGCAACAUCCUUGUUGUGAAAAAAGAUUGUGUCCCGGCAGUAACAGAAUCCCUUGUUGAAUUUGCCAAUCAUGCGACAUCUACGUAUCCUUCAAUAUCGAUCAUCCUUGAACCCAAAGUUGCCGAAGAAGUUCAUGCAUCGCUGCACGCCCCGGCUUACACGACGUCCCUGGAUCGCCUUCGACCGGCACUACACAACAAAGUAGAUCUUACCGUUACCCUGGGAGGAGAUGGAACUAUCUUACAUGCUUCAUCGCUUUUCGCGACGUGCUACAAUGUACCCCCGAUGUUAUCCUUCAGCAUGGGCACGCUUGGGUUUCUCAGUGAAUGGAAGUUUCCCGAGUAUAAGCGCGCAUUCCGGGAGGUCUACAUGUCUGGGGCGGGGGUAGGAGAUCGUGCAACCGUGCUAGGCGAGGUGCGGCCGACGAUUCAUGAUGAGCCACUAGACCUAGACGUGGGCCCAACGGGCUGGUCAUCGGUACGGGGCAAGUCGAUGGGUCUGACGCGCGGAGCUCGGAUACUGAUGCGCAACCGACUGAAGGUGGGACUUUUCACAGCGGAUGGACAGCCAGUUCGGCAAGAAGCAUCAGCGAAUUCUGUGCCAGGAAUCUGGGAUCGUCGGGGACUGUAUGUCAUGAACGAAGUCCUGCUGCAUCGUGGUAAGGAGCCGCAUUUGGCUGUGGUAGAUGUCUACGUUGGUGGACGCUUCUUGACGGAAGCUGUAGCCGACGGGAUCAUCAUCUCGACGCCAACCGGAAGCACAGCGUACAGCCUGAGUAGUGGAGGUAGUAUCGUGCACCCUCUUGUCCCUGCUGUACUUUUAACCCCGAUCUGCGCCCGAAGCUUGAGCUUCCGGCCAUUGGUGCUGCCGUCGAGUACACCGAUCACGCUCCGUCUGAGCGAGAAGAACCGCGGCCGCGAGUUAGAGGUGAGCAUUGAUGGGGUGAACAUGGGUCAAGGGAUGACUGCGGGGAUGGAAGCGCGGGUGUGGAAUGAGGAGAUGCGGCACGGCAAGAAUGAAUGGCAGGGGGGAGUGCCAUGUGUAAUGCGGAGGAUCACCGGUGGGGAGGCGCAUGAUGGCUGGGUGGGUGGUCUCAACGGAUUGCUGAAGUUUAAUCAUCCAUUCGGUGAGGAUCGCUAA